AUAGGCCAUACGCAGCAACUAACGAUGAGCGACAACGCGGUAACAGUGAGCGGCAGAGAGGGGACCAAUGUUUGUCGUUCUGUCUUCUACUAUUAUGUUUGUUAUUUUAGUAGCUAUCCAAACAGCAAAUAAGUAGUAAUAAUGAGUACGAAGAAUUAUUUUGAUAUCGAAUGUUUAAUAACUGAAGUGCAAUGUAGGCCGAUUUUAUGGCAAGAUAAUCAUAAAGAUUAUAAAAAUAAGUCUAUCACAGACCUGGUAUGGGAAGAUGUAGGAAAGCAGUGUAAUUGUUCAGUUGUUUUAUACAUUUGUUACUGCUACUACUACUAAGGCUACUACUUCAGACGAGCCGUUUGCGGCAAAUCGCCGCAGCGGCAGGACAGGUUGGAACAACAAGAAAAUACCUGUAUAUGUAUUCUUCUUUUGUGAGACAGAAGAACUUUAUUUCUCUGUUCUUUUAACGCAGCGCAACGGUGUCGUACGAUAAGAUGUUACUCGUCUACACCGAGCCAUAUGAAAUAAGCAAUACAGCGAAUGAGCGGCAGUGCGUCGCCGCGUUAAACCGUGUAUGACUUAUUUCAUAUAACGAAUUAUUUCAGUGCGAUUAAACCUAUGUCUGUCUAUGAGUUUGAUUUAUUUUCUGCCGUCUUGUCGUCACUCCUUUGACCGUUCCUGCCACUCGCCACUUUCUGUACGAUCGAGGUCAAGGGUUCUAACAGUAAUCGAGUCUAAAUGCAGAUGGCGUUUACUGGACUCGUUUUCUAGGAGCUGUUGCAAAACUGAAAUGGAAGAAUUUAAAAGACAGCUAUAGGAAAAACAUACAGAAGCUUCCCCCUUUGAAAUCUGACUCGAAAGCAACGACCCCAUGUAAGGUCAAAUGGCCUUAUUUCGAAAUGAUGGGAUUUAUCAAGGAGUAUGUAGCUCAUACUCGCGGUGGAAGUAAUUUGCCAGAUAAUUCGUUCAUUAGCGAUGAUAAUAUCGAGGAACAACCUGAUGAAGUUUCCAAUGAUAACGUCAAAGAUACAUAUGAUUUUGCAAGUACUUUGAAUUGUACGCAGGAACAUUCCACUUCCGCACCUAUCCAAUUUUUAGAUCCAGGAUUUCACUCAAAUUCAAAAUGUUCACAAAAAUCUAAAUACAAAUACAAAAAGCAGCGGAGGGAUGUAGAUAUCGAAUUUUUAAAGCUAGAGGAACAGCGGCUAGAGUUAUUAAAAAAAGACAUAAGCAACAAAAGCGAAGAAAACUCAGAUCUUCAGUUUUUUAAAAGUUUACUUCCUUUUAUGGAAUUGUUAUCUCCAAUCGAAAAAUUGGAAGUAAGAGGAGAGAUACAGAAUGUUAUUAUUAAUAAACUACGAUUUAGGCAACAAGUCUAGAUGGUAUACUGGUAAUAUCCGAAAAUUCAAACGUCACACAUAUCUAUUCAGAAAAAUCAACAGCAAACUCGAAUAUAUUUUUUUUUACGUAAAUUCAAACUUUAGUGUAAGAAUUAGGGCAAGGAUUAUUAUUUAUAUACAUACAGUAUCAUUAUCAUACAUCAUAUCAUUAUCUAUAUUAUGUAUAGAAAAAUCGAUUUUGUAAAUUCAUGCUGCUUUUCUAAUCUUAUCAAAUUUCUUUUGUCCGUACGUACGCAUGUACGUACACAAUUUUGAGUGAAUGUAGCAGUAAUAAUAUAUUAAUAGGAUUUAAGUAAUAAUGAAACGUUUCGCGUACGGGUUCGGUAUAAUACAUUAAGCGUAAAUAAUUUCACGUAAAUAAUUUUCCAAAAAUAUAUAUAACACAACGCUUUAUUAUCGUUCCUAAACUGAUUUUAUGAUAUGAUACAGUGAAUUGCAAUUUUACGGCUCUCUUGUUUACCUGUUGCAAUCGUUUCCGGACGGUUCUAAUUUUUUACGAAAGUGUUUUUUUCAGACCAUGUGUCCAACUUAUAAUUAUUUACGUACGUCUUAGUCAUGACACAUCAUUUUUCGUUGCAUUUACAAGAGAUUCGUAUCAUAUUGUUGAUAAAUUAUCGAGCGUUUUGUUAAAUAUUUAUAACGUUGAUAAUUACAACUGUUUCAUAUAAAAGACUAAUUUUAUUCUACAUUAGAUAUAUCUGCAUUUAAAUUUAAUUAUAUAUGUACAUACAUGCGAUAUACACGCGUGUAUUAUAAAUAAAUCAGCUGAUGUAUAACUAAUAUGUAAAUAAUGACUCUAUGCAAUUGUAACUGGACAACUUUAAAGCAUGUCUUACUACUAACUUAUUGUCAUGGAUGUCACGAUGCCAGGUUUCAGUUGAAACAUCUCUUUAGCGGGUAUUUAUUUUACGAGUCUUCCUGUGAUUCUUCGUUCAAAUUAGAAAAUUGCCGUACUAUAUUUUAGUGAGUAUAUAUAGCAAUCAAUGGAAAUAGCUAACUAGGUCUAUGUCUAACUAACUCCCGUAAGUGUAAUUGUCUAUGAAACGAAAUGUAAAGUUCUAUUAGAAAUUCAUACAAAAUUACCAUUAUUGCUACUAUAUGAAUAUCGAUUGUGAAAAUUGUUAAAGGAAAGCGUAAUUUUAGAAAAUAUGAUUAGGGGUAUUAGGUUUGUGACAUCAUCGAGAUAAUUACCAGAAAUUGAUGAGAAUUGUUGAAUCAUAUGUAUGAUACAUUACAUUCUAUUUCUUAUAUAAUACGUGCAACAUGUAUUUAUGUUAACUAUUACUUUAGAAGUUCUAUAUAACAUGAAACACAGCUUCCUUUUUAAUACAAGUUCGUACACCUAGGUAGAGUAAAGUAAGGCGUUCAACGAUACGAACGUAGAAAUUGUUUUAUAUCAUUAUUCGUCAUAAAGUGUGAUUCUUCCUUGAAAGUAACGUACAAGACAAUCAAGCAUAAUGUUAUUAGCUACGUGGUUAAUAUCAGAUAUUUUGGCUAUUUCAAGCGUUAUAAUUGCCGGAUGGUACAUCUAUUACAAACUACAUAUCUUUAAAUUUUGGCAGAAAAGAGGAGUAUUUUAUGUCGAACCUACCUUCCCUACUGGUAAUAUAAUGCCAAUUGUAAUUGGCAAACGAUCACAAGCCGAGUUUUUCGGAGAUAUUUAUCAUCGAUAUAAACAGCAUCCUCUUGUUGGUAUAUAUAUGCUUCACAAACCAUUUUUGAUUAUAAACGAUCUUGAUUUAAUUCGAGACGUACUGGCGAAACAGUUUACAAGUUUCCACGAUCGUGGGUUUUUUUGUAACGAAAAAACGGAUCCGCUGUCCGGACAUUUAUUUCAAUUACCUGGAAAAAAGUGGAGGAAUUUGAGAGUAAAAUUGACACCAACUUUUACUGCGGGGAAACUUAAACAGAUGUUUCCGAUUAUGAAAGACAUUGGAAAUACCUUAGCGACAUAUUUGGAAGAAAAGGCACAGACAAGAUCGACGAUCGACGUAAAAGACGUAUUUUCGAGAUAUGCCGUCGACAUUAUCAUGUCAGCAGCAUUUGGAAUAACGUGCGAUAGCUUGGAGAAUCCGGACAACGAAUUUCGCUAUUGGGGAAAGAAGAUAUUUGAUCCGAAGCCUCUUUGGAACGCUCUUAUCGUAUGGGCCCCGCAGGUUUUUGAUUUCUUUUCCAUACCAUAUACCGACAAAGAUGUCACAAACUUUUUUAUAAACGUGUUUAAAGAAACUGUGGAAUACAGAGAAUCGAAUAACAUCGAGCGAAAAGAUUUCUUGAAUUUAUUGAUGCAGUUAAUGAGAAAUGGAUAUGUGGAAGCAGACGAUAACUCGGAAGCAGCAACUCUUGCAAUAAAUAAAUUGACAAUGACGGAGGCUGCUGCACAAGCUUACGUCUUCUACUUGGCUGGUUUUGAAACAUCUUCGACUACAGUUACAUUCUGCCUGUAUGAAUUAGCGAUGCAUCAAGAUAUACAGAACAAAGUACGCGAAGAAAUUCAAACACAGCUGAAGAAGCACGGUGGUGAUCUGACAUACGAUGCUGUGAACGAAAUGACUUAUCUCCAUAAAGUGAUCUCUGAAACAUUACGGAAAUAUCCUCCGGUUACUGUCCUAAACCGUAUCUGCACAAACGAAACGACGAUGGAGGGAACAAAAUUUGUCAUACCUAAAGGAAUUGCUGUGACAAUACCCGUUUUUGGUAUUCACCGAGAUGCCAACAUAUACCCAAACCCGGAUAAAUUUGAUCCAGAACGAUUCUCCGAAGAAAAUAUAAAAACUAGACAUCCCUAUGCGUAUUUACCAUUUGGCGAAGGACCAAGAAUAUGUAUUGGAUUAAGAUUUGGCCUUAUACAAACAAAGGUUGCUGUAAUAAAUGCUUUGUUAAAAAAUAAAAUGACAUUCGCACCAGACACACCAACUACUUUGGAUUAUGAACCGGGAUCUCUUAUAUUAAUACCAAAGGGUGGUGUACACUUGACCAUCGAGCCAUUAAAGUGACUGCAUCGUUAAGAAUAUUAACAAUAACGACGUAUUUAUGUUACACGUUUACAAGUAAUUUUUACACACUUUCUACAGAUUAUUUUUUAUAGAAAAAAUUCUGCAGUUGUCGAAAAAUAAAAUUAUACGAAAUAUGAGAAAAAUGUCUAUUUUUAUGGUUUUUAAGAUAAAUUAUAAUAAUAAAUCAAAAAAAGACACGAAGGAGGAAAAGUAUGGAAAGUAAAAUUUUAGUUUACGUUAAUUCUUUAUUUCUUGUUUUAUACAUCUCUAGAUUUGGAAAUAAAGUAACGAAGAUUGUUAUUGUCCAAUAUUCUUAAA